AUGGCCCACGCUGACCACACAAGAGACCCAUGCCCUUGGGUCAUCCUCAGCGAUUUUGGUGGUGCUUUCUCCAUGGGUGCCAUCGGUGGAGGCAUCUGGUAUGGCAUAAAAGGGAGCAGGAACUCACCUCGGGGCGAGCGCCUCACGGGUGCCAUAACAUCAAUAAAAGCCCGCGCACCAGUAACCGGAGGCAACUUCGGUGUAUGGGGUGGAAUGUUUUCGACGUUCGACUGUGCCGUCAAGGGCUAUCGACAAAAGGAAGAUGCUUGGAAUGCCAUCAUCUCCGGCUUCAUGACGGGUGGAUGUCUAGCCGCGCGGAGCGGUCCACGGUCUGCGCUCGGCAGCGCAGUUGCUUGCGGUAUCUUACUCGGCGUGUUCGAGGGUGUGGGUGUACUACUGAACCGGGUAUUCUCGGAGGGAACGAGAGCUCAGAUGCCUGUCCUACCAGAGACGAUGUCGCCAUCACCAUCAGCACCAGCUCACUAG